GAGACAUUUGUCCAUUUGAUUUUCUCUUAUAGUCUGGGAUCCAUGGAAGGGGCAGAAGCUUCUGAUACACCAGCUGAACAAAAAAGAAAUCCAGACGCUUUCCCUGGAGAUUAUGGAAAUGGACCAAUAUCAGGGCAGUUUCCAGCACUGGAAAAGAUCUCUGAACAUACUUUGAGUGCUACAUUAAAGACCAAUAUUAAGAUGGAAGAACAAGGAUUAGGUCUUAUAGUAAUUCAGAAUGGACCAUAUCUUCAGAUGACAAGUCUUGUUGAGAAAGGCUCUGCAGCUAAGAAUGGAAGACUCAAACCAGGUGAUAUUUUGAUUAAAAUUGGACACGCUAACGUUUUAGGAUGGACACUGCGAGAGCUUUGGCAACUUUUGCACAAUAUUCCCAUAGGAACAGUUCUACAGAUCAGGGUUUACAGAGAUUUUGUUGAAGUACCUCAGUGCUGGCAAAAUGCACUUGAAUUAGUUCCUGAAGUAAAGCCUCGUGUGAAGACAGACAUUUCAAGUAAAGACAGUGAGACAAAAGACGACACAUGGACAAGUAGUGAUGAUUAUGAAGACGUAGACUCGGACAGAAGUUUUAGAUACAAAACUACACAAUCAUUUUGUUAUGAUUCUACCAAAGAAUUGCCAUCAAUAUCAAAAACGUGGCAUGCAUUUAAAAGAAAAAAACACACAUUUACUGUAGGUGCUGACAUUGGAUGUGAUAUUAUAAUUCAUAAAGAUUUUGAUGCAUGGUAUAGUUCUGACUUUGCUACUGAUGGCAUUAGAUCUUCAUACUGGACUAUGGAAACACAUGACAGUGAAUCAUCAUCAUCAUCCUCUUCCUCUAUAUCAGAUGCAUUUUGGCUUGAAGAGUUUGCCAGUAUUUUGGAAUAA